CAAACUGCCAAAUGAGCUGCAGCAAGUGCUACGCUAUCAGGCAUACACAUCAACCGAGCGGCGCGUGGUCGCGCUGUAUGUCAGUGCUCCAGCGGAACCUGGUUGCUGGGAGGCCGACAUAUCGUCAACCGUGCAUGUCCGAGUCGCACAUAUAGCGUAACAUAUCAUGGCCUCUCCCGACCCGAACCGAGAUCGACAAUCAAUCGCCAGUGCUUCCUCUGAGACUCUGCAGUCGGCCGCGCAGAAAGGCGCACCGUCAGCGUCGCCAGCAAACGCCAACAGCUCGAAUGCGCCAGCGGCAACAGCCUCGAAACCUGAGACCACACAAACUUCUCCCAAACGGAGAGCAUCAGAUGUAAAUGGGACGAGUACGGGCGACAACAAUGGCGAGGGCAAGAAGAAGCGGCGCAAAGUUAACCAUGCCUGUGUAUAUUGCCGUCGAAGCCAUAUGACUUGCGAUCUAGAAAGACCGUGCGCGAGAUGCGUAAAGCGAGACAUAGGACAUUUGUGCCAUGACGAACCUCGAGAUCCUCCCAAGAGACAAAAGAGCGACGUGUUGAACGUGGCAGAGAUCGCGCCUGCUCCAGGCCAGCAAGAUGGAAUGGUUGGUGUGGAGAACGGACAAGCUCAGGCUCAAGCCAACGGCAUGCUCAAUGGUGGAGGAAGGGCAGGGCCACAGCAAAUAACCCAGCCAGCGCCUAUAUCGCCUACUUCCAUUCAACGACCUAUUCCUCAGCGAGGUGGAAGUACUGCGGGAAGUGUCCUGCAGAAUCUUGAUUGGAACAGCUCACAUGUACCCAAUCAGUUCCAGGACAUGCACCACCUACAUCCGAAUUACAUGUUCAAUACCUCGGAGGUGAAUAAUGAGUACAAUCUGCUGAGCGACUUCUUGUCAUCUUCACUGAUCGACGACGGAGCCGCUUAUAAUGAUGCGGAUGCCGUGCAGACGCUAUUCAACGAUCCUCUGAUCAGCCCGAGUAGUAUGAAUGCGUUGGCGACUAGCAAUCUCGCCCAGCAAAACCCUGCUCUUCAGGCAGUGCAGGCACAAGCUGGAAACGAAAUAAGUAGGCCAACAAGCACGCUGCCUGUCGACUCCCGAGCACGAGAUAAGUUCUACUUGACCGCUGCUGAUCCAGCCGGACUGAGCUCAGCAGAGGACCGACUACACAAGCUUCUCAAAGCAAAGUAUGAUGCCGGGAUGCUGAAGCCUUUUAAUUACGUGAAGGGCUAUGCGCGCUUGAAUCAAUACAUGUCCAAACAUCUCACCCGAGAAAGUCAACUGCGAAUUCUGAAACAGCUCGAUCGGUUCCGACCCAAAUUUCGCGAAGCAAUGCAGAGUCUCACCGACAUGCAACUCGUCCUCGUCGAAAUGUGGUUCGAGCGAAGUUUGAUGGAAUACGACCGAGUCUUCGCAUCAAUGGCAAUCCCAGCUUGCUGUUGGCGAAGAACGGGCGAAGUCUUUCGAGGCAAUGGUCAGAUGGCAGAACUGAUAGGAAGACCCGUAAGCGACUUACGAGACGGCAAGAUGGCAAUUCAUGAAAUCAUCGCCGAGGACAGCCUCGUGAGCUAUUGGGAGAAGUUCGGCGCUAUUGCUUUCGAUCAGAGUCAGAAAGCUAUACUUACGAGUUGUGCUUUGAAACGUCCUGCUGGAUUGACUGAAAGUCCUGCGAAGAAUGGUACCAGCGCUGGACAGGAGUGUAACGGGCCGAUGGAGACGAUAAAGUGUUGUUUCUCGUUUACCAUUCGACGAGACACGCAUAAUAUCCCGUCUCUCAUCGUCGGGAACUUCUUACCCAUAACACCGAGACCUCAGUCGAACGGGCAAGGCCAAUAGUGUUGCCUGCCCGCUGAGACCGAUGACUCGGAUGGAUAGUGGCAGCUUCUCGGGCAACCAUGAAUGGAUAAUGUGUACAUACUUCGCUGCCUCAAGAGUAUUUCCAAAGCUUCGAUAAGCAUAAUGACCAGCGCUCACACUUCGC